AUGAACUCCCAAAGAGACCAGAGCCUCCCAGUUCUUUGUAAUAAUUGUCAUACCUUCUACGGUAAUCACUAAACUAACUUCCUUUGCUCUACUUGCUAUAAGGAUUUGGAAUAAUAGUUCAAAAUGGACUCACUAAAAGAACUGGAGUUAUAAAAUAAUGAGGGUCAGAGCAAUGACUUCUAGAGUUCAUAGUUAUCAGAAUAAAGUCAAAAUUAAAGCUAGAAUGAGUCUACAUAGCCAAAUGCAGAAGCUUCAGGCGAAGAAAUGAACCCAGAAGCAUCUAGUCAGGAUCAAAACUUGAAUAUUCAAGGACAAAACUUAGAAAAUUUAAUCUAAUCAAACAAUGAACUCCCUAGUAAACCUGCUUAAGUAAAUAAAAGUGCAUGCUGGUAAUGCCAGCGUAAGGUAGGCUUACUUGGAUUUCCUUGCAAGUGUGAGUAUAUAUUUUGUGGCAAGCAUAGGUAUGCUGAAGAGCAUCAUUGUCAGUUUGAUUUCAAGUUUGAGCAUUAAGAGAAGAUUUGGAGAGAAAAUCCACAAAUUAAGAAGGACAAGUUAAAUAGAGUCUGA